AGUUACAUGGUAAGACAUACCUAGAACCGUUGAGCUGGCUAUGUCGACUGCGCGAACCUUGCAUCGUUGGUCAAACGUGAAGUGUUGACCAACCAUCCUUUAUAACUUAUAGACGAGGUGUGAUACUGAGUACUAAUUUAUCCGACCCAUCGUCCUAAUCGAUCGAACCUAAGGGUUGAUCGGGCACGGUGCGCCUCCCUAACAAUAUGAAGGGUCGAGCGAAGAACAAAUCGGUAGCUGCAUUCUGUAAGGCCAAGCUAGCGAUCAACUAGCCAAGUAGCGGUCGAUUGGCCUACGGUGGGACCUAGAUAUCUGCACUUUUUUGGAAGUUUGUACCAAAAAGGAUAGAGAAUAUCCUACCGGUAAAUCAUCUUUUAGAAGCUUCUAGCAUGUCAAAUCAUAAAGAUUUACACAUCCAUUUAAGGAAAUAUGUCAGAAGCACUUUAUGACCUAUCCUUUCUUAGAAAAACUUGGAAAAUGUGUUUAUGCUUUAAGAUGCAUGUAUAACACAACAUUUACACUAUAAAAGAUGACUCCAUCUAUAGGCGAAGAUAUGCAAUACUACAUUUUUAAACAUGCUCUUUGCUAUAGUGUUCUUCGUUUGUUCUCUUCUCUUAACCGGAUUACUGAUUUGAACGUCAUAGGACCAACAAAAUCAAUACAUGUUUACCCUUUUGUGUUUACUAUAAAUAUUCCCUCCCUCUCAACAAAAUCUUCAAAACUUUCAAUUAAAUUUCAUGAUCAUGGAGAUUGAACAUAUCAGCAGGAAGUCUCCUCCUCCUCCUCCUCCUUUUCAUUCAUGCCGUUCUCUCGCGAGACGCUUCUGCCACUUCCUCCUCUUCCGCUGCGAUCCCUUCUUUCUUCAAUUCCUAUACUUUCUUCUCAUUUCGCUCUCCGGCUUCCUCCUUCUGAGAUCGCCGGCGGUCGCCGGAAGGGGUCGUCACAUUGAAGAUCUGGACCUAUUCUUCACGUCGGUAUCCGCCUCGACGGUGUCCAGCAUGGACACCGUCGAGAUGGAGUCCCUCUCGCGCGCGCAGCUCUGGGUCCUCGUCGUCCUCAUGCUCGCCGGCGGCGAGGUCUUCACCUCCCUGCUCGGCCUCCACUUCACGAGCCUGAAGCUUAGACUAAAACGGGAGGAUUCGACCGUUGGUUCCGGCGGCGAGCUCGAGGACAAGCGCGAAGUGCUCAGGUGGCUGGGCUACGCCGUGCUGGGAUACCUCCUCUGUUUCCACCUCGCCGGAAUCUUCCUCGUCUCGGUGUACUUCGCCGUCGCGCGCGACGCGAGGGAGGUGCUGAGGCGGAAGGCGAUCGGGGUGCCGGUUUUCGCCGUCUUCCUGGUCGUGUCCUCCUUCAGCAACUGCGGCUUCGUCCCCACGAAUGAGAACAUGGCGGUCUUCAAGAACGACUCAACUCUGCUUCUCAUAGUGAUCCCGCAGAUCCUGGCCGGCAAUACCCUCUUCCCUUGCGGCCUGAGGCUCGCAGCUUGGGUCGCGAAGAGGGCGGCGAGGAGGAAGGAGCUGGCUGGGGUUCUGCUGGCGCCGGAGGCUGUGGCGAGCGAGUACAAGCACUUGUUGCCUCGCCGGCACUGCGUCUACUUGGCGGCGACGGCGGUGGGGUUCGUGGCGGUGCAGGUGGCGAUGGUGUGCGCGCAGGAGUGGAGGUCGUCGCCGGAGGUGUUGGGCGGGAUGGAAUGGUACCGGAAACUGGUGGCGGCGCUGUUUGAGGCGGUGAACUCUAGGCACACCGGGGAGACGGUCGUCGACGUGUCGAAGCUGUCGCCGGCGAUCUUGGUGCUCAUCGCCGUCAUGAUGUAUGUUCCUUCGUAUACUUAUUUUGUUCCUCGAAGAGAAAGAGACUCUUGGAAUUUUAUAAAAUCUAAAUACAACGAAACAAAGAUGCUUCGACGGAGCCUACACUUCUCCUUGAUAUGUUUCCCGAUCAUCUUUGUCUUUCUCAUUUGCAUCACCGAAAGAGGAGCGUUCUCGAUCGACCCGUUGAACUUCAACAUCUUCAAUGUCAUCUUCGAAGUCAUCAGGAAAGCUUGUUAUUUACUAUAUAACACAAAAAUAAUUUACUAUCAUUAUCGUUAUCAUUAUCAUUAUCAUUAUCAAUUUGUGUUUGUUGAUGGUGGGAUAUCUUACAGUGCCCAUGGAAAUGUCGGGUUCUCGGUCGGAUACAGUUGCGAGCGGCGGAUGAAAGUAAACCCUAAUGGUAGCUGCAAGGAUGCUUCAUAUGGAUUUGUAGGGAGAUGGAGCAGCAAAGGAAAGAUAAUCUUGAUGAUGGUUAUGCUACUUGGAAGACUGAAAAAGUUUCAAAUGAAUGGAGGGAAGGCAUGGAUGUUUGGAUGAGAAGAAACAAUAUUAUUAUUAUUAUUAUU